ACUCCCGUCCGCCAUCGCGCAAACCCAAACCGGCGUUCCUUUGCCUCUCCUGCACGCAAAACAUAUGCCUCGGAAAACGACAUGACCGAAAUUCAAUUCCCGACAGACUUUGCCCUCCAUAGUCCCUACACCCCGCUCAAGGCGCUGCCAGGCGUUGCGGGGCAGCCGACCGGGCCGUCGUCCCAAGGGCAACACUCGAAGAAGGCUCGGAGCGGGAACAAACGACCGAAACAGGUCUCGACGUCGCCUGGACCGGCAAAGCAGGCCGGCCGGAGCACGCCGCCGCAGACAUCAAGUGUCCGGACGGUCACUGCCGCUGCCUAUGCGGGAGCCACCUUCCAUGCCUCCCCGGCCCCGUCGUCGCUUCCAAUCCCGAGCUUCCUGGCCAAAGCUUUGGACUCACCCAGUGUGAAGGAUGCGGGCCGGGUCAACCAGGAGCCGUCGCCUCCAGCGACGGACUCAGAGGCACUCACUCCGAAGCACCGUCUUGCAACCUUGGACGUUGCGCGCGACGAGUCUCCACUCGACAUCUUCUUCCGCGAGGACAGGGCUGAGAAGGAGCGAGCCCGCAGAGCAAGCUCCGCCAACGUUCUAAGCACGGCCGGCCUAGGCCCAUUUUCUCCCCCUAAUUUAACUCAGUUUCAAUCACCGUACGAGCCCAAGACAGUGCCGAAUGGGGCCGGCGCAGGUCGCCGUUUUCGGCAGAACAUUGAUCAAAGAAGCCCGUCUUCUGGCAUUUCACCUGCCGAGCUUGACGGAUCUGCCGAACUCGACGGCACACCCCGUGGACCCAUCGGAAAGGCAUUCUCUACUCCAUACAAUGCUCGUAUCCUUGCCGCACGUUCCAAAGAGAAGCGGGACCGAAACGCAUUUGUCCGGCAAUCAGCUCAACCACUCGAGUCACUUCAGCCGCAGUGGCUUCAACCCCCACAGGAGCAGCCGCCACAGCAUCCCCUGGAGCCGGACGUCGGUGAGAGGCUGUUGCAGUUUCUUGCUGGCCAACCUGCCCAAGCCUCUGCAGCAGCGCCUACGCCGCCAGCAACCACGGCCAGCACCUCGGCCUUUGCCGGAGCGCAGUUCAGGGCACCGCAAUCUGCCGCUCCAACGGAAGCGCAGAAAGGCCGGCCGGCAGAGAUUCUUGACAUUGAGGACGGCCUACGCCGACUCUUGAAGCUGGAAGGUGCAGAUCGACCAGGACCUCCACCGCCG